AUGGGUGUGACGCUGACAAAGUCAGCCCAGUGGACGGCUGCUGGACGUGGGCCCGCCACCUUGGAAGUCACUCCACUAAAUGAAGCCAUACUGCAAGAAAUUAUUGUCUUUGUGGAGAGUUUUCUCUACAUGUAUCCCCGAGAGGCAAAGUUCGUUUUCGUAGAGCCACUUGGAUGGAAAACAAGUUUGGAGCCCUUGGCAUUUGGAUCAGGUUAUGUCGUCAGUGAAAAAACAGUCAAAUCAGAAGAAGUUGAUAAAAACGGAGAGCCUUUGCUGUUUCUCUCCGUACCGCAAAUUAAAGUUAGGAGCUUCGGGCAACUGUCGUGCUUGCUAUAUAUUGCCAAAGAUAAAAAGCUGAAGGAAGCACAGGCGUGUCUUGAAGCUAACAGAGACCCUGUAGUAAAAAUUCUGGGCUCGGAUUAUAGUACAACAAAAAGAGAAGACUCAUCUGCAUUAAGGAUUCUUGAUAAAAUUAUCAAAGAUGAUGAUCCAGAGCAUGAGAUCAAGACCAACAUCGCCAUGCUGAUUCAGCAGAUGGAUAUGCACCUGCUCAAUUAUUCACUAAAACAUAUUUCAUUAGAAAUACGUUUAAAUCCAUCAGCCAUUAAGAAUGAUGUGGAACUGCUGCAGCGUUACUCAGGAAAAGGAGAACAGACAGUCUUGGAAUCUAUCGAAUAUACCUCAGACUACGAGUUUUCAAAUGGAUGUCGAGCCCCACCUUGGAGACAGAUUCAUGGGGAAAUGUGUUAUGUGCUGGUGAAACCACACGAUGUUGAGGCUUUGUGCAUUACUUGUAGUACAGAAGGAGUGUUUUUAAAUGGUGGCAAAACAGAUGAUGCGACAGAAAUUAAUUAUGAGAGAAAAGGUAAAAUUUAUAAAGACCUUAUCACGAUUUUGAGAGAAAAAUCAGCAACAUUUUCAAAGAAUAUGGCCAAACAGGGGAAUACAUUCAAUGAAGAACAGCAGAAAGAAACGUUUCAGCCUGAUGAGGCACCCAAGAAGGAAGAAGUAACCACUAAAGCUGACGCAGAAAAGAGUACACUGCAGAUGAACCCAAUUAAUUUUGUGAGGAACCCAAUUGGCAAGAGAUUAGAGCCAAGUUUAAAUUGGAAGAGCACUGUUGAUUUAAAAGACCACAGAAGUUCAGGAAGAGACACCCAAGAGGAGAAACAUGCAAGAAUUGAAAAGGGAAGAUCGUCUGUGGUGAGUGGGAGAAUGCAGUCAGCUCGUAAGGCUGCUGAUAAGCCUGAGGAAAUUCUUAGUGAGAGUUCCUCAGAAAGUGAGGAAGAUGAAGAACCACCUGAUCAUCGUCAGGAAGCAAAUGCUGAUUUGCCGUCGGAAUAUUGGCAAAUUCAGAAGCUGGUGAAAUACUUAAAGGGAGGAAAUCAGACAGCUACAGUGAUUGCAUUGUGCUCAAUGAGGGAUUUCAACUUAGCUCAAGAGACCUGCCAGUUGGCAAUCAGGGAUGUUGGAGGCCUUGAAGUUUUAAUAAAUUUACUGGAUACUGAUGAAGUCAAAUGUAAGAUUGGUUCUUUAAAAAUCCUGAAGGAAAUCAGUCAUAAUCCUCAAAUCAGACGUAAUAUUGUUGACCUUGGGGGCUUGCCAAUUAUGGUUAACAUACUUGAUUCUCCAAACAAGAAUCUGAAAUGCUUGGCAGCUGAAACAAUCGCUAAUGUUGCCAAGUUCAGACGUGCCCGGCAGGCUGUGAGACAGCACGGGGGUAUCACCAAGCUGGUUGCUCUACUGGACUGUGGACAGAGUCCAUCGGAGCCCCCUCAGCCCUCUCUCUAUGAGACCAGAGACGUGGAGGUGGCUCGUUGUGGUGCGCAGGCACUGUGGAGCUGCAGUAAGAGCUAUGCGAAUAAAGAAGCCAUUCGUAAAGCGGGGGGCAUCCCUUUGUUGGCUCGAUUACUGAAGACUUCUCAUGAAGACAUGUUAAUUCCAGUGGUGGGGACAUUGCAAGAAUGUGCAUCAGAGGAAAACUACCGCGCGGCCAUCAAAGCAGAACGGAUUAUUGAGAACCUAGUGAAGAACCUGAACAGUGCGAACGAGCAGCUUCAGGAGCACUGCGCCAUGGCCAUCUACCAGUGUGCGGAAGAUGAGGAGACGCGGGACCUGGUGAGGCUGCAUGGGGGACUGAAACCACUGGCCAGUCUGCUCGGUAAAACUGACAACAAGGAGCGGUUAGCUGCUGUCACAGGGGCAAUAUGGAAGUGCUCCAUCAGCAAAGAGAACGUGACCAAGUUUCGUGAGUACAGAGCCAUUGAAACCUUGGUGGGACUUUUAAGUGAUCAGCCCGAAGAAGUCCUUGUGAACGUGGUGGGUGCGCUGGGAGAGUGCUGCCAAGAGUACGAGAACCGGGUCCUUGUCCGGAAAUGUGGCGGCAUUCAGCCGCUUGUGAGCCUCCUCGUUGGGAUCAACCAGUCUCUCCUUGUGAAUGUGACAAAAGCGGUCGGUGCCUGUGCUGUGGAGCCCGAAAGUAUGAUGAUAAUUGACCGCUUAGAUGGGGUUCGGUUGUUGUGGUCACUGCUGAAGAACCCACACCCAGACGUGAAGGCCAGUGCAGCGUGGGCCCUUUGCCCCUGCAUUGAAAAUGCUAAGGAUGCUGGAGAAAUGGUCCGUUCUUUUGUUGGUGGUUUGGAACUUGUUGUCAAUUUACUAAAGUCAGACAACAAAGAAGUUUUGGCGAGUGUGUGUGCUGCUAUCACCAAUAUAGCAAAAGAUCAAGAAAAUUUAGCUGUUAUUACAGACCAUGGAGUUGUCCCUUUAUUGUCCAAACUUGCAAAUACAAACAAUGAUAAACUGAGGCAUCAUCUAGCAGAAGCGAUCGCACGCUGCUGUAUGUGGGGCAGAAACAGAGUGGCCUUCGGGGAGUACAAAGCAGUGGCUCCGCUAGUGCGUUACCUGAAAUCAGAUGACACCAAUGUGCACCGAGCAACCACGCAGGCCUUGUACCAGCUCUCAGAAGACGCCAAUAACUGUAUCACCAUGCAUGAGAAUGGAGCAGUGAAGCUUCUGCUGGACAUGGUUGGGUCUCCCGAUCAGAGUCUCCAGGAGGCUGCAGCUGGGUGUAUAUCCAACAUCCGCAGGCUGGCUCUUGCUACAGAAAAGGCAAGGUACGCUUGA